UUUUUUGUUCUCUCCAUCGAGGGAAAUGAGCACCGAGACGACGAGCAAGCGGGAUCACGAGGCGUCCCUGCGGGAGCUCCUGGCCGGCGGAGACAAGGAGCUGAUGACCGUGGCACGCUCGGCGCGGCGGCGCCGCCUGGAACUCCGGCGUCUGGGGCGUACGGCGUCGGCGGCGGCGGAGGACGAGGGCGCGAAGAGGGUUCGCCCCGCGGGGCCGCUGGACAGCUGCUCGUCGGACUCGUCUGACUCGGCGAAGGUGACGCCGGAGCCUCAGCCGGUGUGCGUGUCGCACGGCGCGGUCUCGGUGAUCGGGCGGCGGCGGGAGAUGGAGGACGCGGUGGCCGUGGCCGCGCCGUUCUCGGCGGUGGUUGAGGGGGACGGGAAAGAGGAGGGGUUCUUCGCGGUGUACGACGGGCACGGCGGGUCCCGCGUGGCGGAGGCGUGCAGGGAGCGGAUGCACGUGGUGCUCGCGGAGGAGGUGCAGCGGCUUCGUGGCAUCCAGCAGCAGCGGGGGAGCGGGAGCGGCCGCGACGAGGAGGAGGACGUCAUCGCAGGGUGGAAGGAGGCCAUGGCGGCCUGCUUCGCCCGGGUGGACGGCGAGGUCGGCGUCGAGGACGAGGCCGAGACCGGCGAGCAGACGGUCGGCUCCACGGCCGUCGUGGCCGUCGUGGGGCCCCGCCGCAUCGUCGUCGCCAACUGCGGCGACUCCCGCGCCGUGCUCUCCCGCGCCGGCGUCCCCGUGCCGCUCUCCGACGACCACAAGCCAGACAGACCUGAUGAGAUGGAAAGAGUGGAAGCAGCUGGUGGCAGAGUUAUCAACUGGAAUGGAUACCGUAUUCUAGGAGUGCUUGCGACUUCUAGGUCAAUAGGAGACUAUUACCUGAAACCAUAUGUGAUAGCGGAACCAGAGGUGACCGUCAUGGACCGGACAGACAAAGACGAGUUCCUCAUAUUAGCAAGCGACGGCUUGUGGGACGUUGUGUCCAACGAAGUGGCCUGCAAGAUCGCAAGGAAUUGCCUAAGCGGGCGGGCGGCUUCCAAGUACCCCGAGUCCGUCUCCGGGAGCACAGCGGCCGAUGCCGCGGCGUUGCUGGUGGAGCUCGCCAUGUCGCGCGGCAGCAAGGACAACAUCAGCGUUGUCGUCGUUGAGCUGCGGCGACUGAGGAGUAGGACAGCGGCGGUGAUCAAAGAGAACCGCAGGUAGUAAUGAUGUAGGAUUGACCGGACGGCUGGGGAGAUGCCCUCAACAUUCGACCAUGGCGAAGGAGAAAGAGUGUAGUUAGAGGGAUCAGGGAUGUUGUGUGACUGCUGCUCAGCUGUUGAGUUGAGUGCGCUAUUUGUAGCCGUUCCGUUGUAUUGCGUUGGUUCAUUAGUUCUUCUAUGAUGACGUUGAGGCCAAAGCGGCAGGAAGCAUAAGCUGCUUUCGUCUGUUCCGUUCAUUGGUUUUGCCAUGCGGUUGGAUUCCGAUUUACGUCUUAAA